UAAAACAAGGAAACCAAAGAAGCAGGAGCUGAGCCUGAGCCCUGUGUCCUCUUUCUUGUUUUCCUUACCUUAUUUUCCCGAGAAAAUCGCUCGAAAUUCGUCCAAUUUUUCAAUCAAAAUUUCCUCCCCUCUCUCUCUUACACGUGCAACUGAAUCUCUGAACAUCCAGGCAAUUUCUCAUUAAAUCGACCAGGGUUUUCCGGUUUUUCCACCGAGAGGGAAAGCUUGGAGCUUUGGAGGAGCUCGGAGUUUGGAGAUUUGAAUCGAUCUGCGUCUGGAGAGUUUUAUUGAUUGGUAGUUGGUGUUGUUGUUGGUGGUGGUGGUGAUGGGGAAGGUGGCGGUGGGAGCGGCGGUGGUGUGCGCCGCGACGGUCUGCGCGGCGGCGGUGCUGAUCGCGCGCCACCGUAUGCGGAGCUCUGGGCGAUGGGCUAGGGCCAUGGCGAUACUGAGGGAAUUUGAGGAGAAGUGUGGGACCCCUAUUGCGAAGCUGAGACUGGUGGCUGACGCCAUGACUGUUGAGAUGCAUGCUGGUCUUGCAUCUGAAGGUGGAAGCAAACUCAAGAUGAUUAUCAGCUUUGUGGAUAACCUUCCCACUGGGGAUGAGAAGGGUUUGUUUUAUGCAUUGGACCUUGGUGGCACAAACUUCCGUGUCUUGCGUGUGCAAUUGGGUGGGAAAGACAAGCGUGUUGUUAAACAAGAAUUUGACGAAGUUUCUAUUCCUCCACAUUUGAUGGUUGGGAGUUCAGAUGCUUUAUUUGAUUACAUUGCUGCAGCACUUGCUAAAUUUGUUGCUACUGAAGGUGAAGGUCUUCAUGUUUCUCCUGGUAGACAAAGGGAACUGGGUUUUACUUUCUCAUUUCCAGUUAGACAAUCAUCAAUUGCAUCGGGCUCCCUCAUUAAAUGGACAAAGGGAUUCUCAAUAGAAGACGCGGUUGGACAAGAUGUAGUGGGAGAAUUAACGAAAGCCAUGGAAAGAAUUGGUCUUGAUAUGCGCGUAUCUGCUUUGGUCAAUGAUACAAUUGGAACACUAGCAGGAGGUAGAUAUCAUGAUCAGGAUGUCGUUGCUGCAGUGAUUUUGGGUACUGGAACAAAUGCAGCCUAUGUAGAACGGGCACAGUCAAUUCCCAAGUGGCAUGGUCUCCUACCGAAAUCUGGAGAUAUGGUUAUCAACAUGGAGUGGGGUAACUUUCGAUCAUCUCACCUUCCACUAACAGAAUAUGAUCAGGUGCUGGAUGCUGAGAGUUUAAACCCUGGAGAACAGAUUUUUGAGAAGAUUAUUUCUGGUAUGUAUUUGGGAGACAUUGUACGCAGAGUCUUGUGUCGUAUGGCUGAAGAAGCCGACCUUUUUGGGGACACUGUUCCACCAAAACUGAAAAUUCCUUUCAUAUUAAGGACUCCUGACAUGUCAGCGAUGCAUCACGAUACAUCUCCUGAUCUGAGGGUCGUUGGCAGCAAACUAAAAGAUAUCUUGGAUAUACCCAAUACUUCCCUGAAAACAAGAAAAGUUGUCAUUGAGCUGUGUGAUAUUGUUGCUACUCGUGGGGCCCGUCUUUCUGCUGCAGGGAUCCUAGGCAUUCUCAAGAAAUUGGGGAGAGACACAAUGAAGGAGGGGGAUAAGCAGAACUCGGUGAUAGCACUGGAUGGAGGGCUGUAUGAGCACUACACUGAGUUCCGCACCUGCUUGGAGAGCACCCUCAAGGAGUUACUGGGAGCAGAAGUUUCUGAUAACAUAGUCAUCAAACACUCCAAUGACGGCUCAGGCAUUGGAGCUGCCCUGCUGGCUGCCUCCCACUCUCAGUACCUUGAAGAAGACUCUUGAACGUGGUUGGCCCAGUGUAUUUUGGUCCAAGAAGCUUUUACAAAUUCAGUUUUUGUAUAUCUUCCUUAUCCCCCUUUCUUUUCACGAACUCCCCUCAGAUCAUUUGGAGCGUUAACGUAGUUCAAGUGAUCAUUCUAGCAAAACCUUAAUUUAUGGUCUUGCAGAGUAUAGAACUGAAUGAUGGAUCAGAUAUGCGGUUGGAAUGCCUAAAAUUGGCUGACAAGUGCACACUAUAGCCUGUCAUUUUCUAAUGUUCCGGCAGUGUAUUGGUACUUAUAAAAGUUCAUUGUCUCCUGAAUUACAGAAUAAAAGGGGAUUUAAGGUGUUUUUCUUUGCUACUUGCUUUUGGUAGAACAUCCUCUCUAUUCUAAAUAAAACAGGAUUUUAUGGGUAU